UUGGACUGCGCGACCGAGCCCUCCUUGGUGCUCGAAGUCCAGCGCUUGGCGACGGUGGUGAGCUGCGGCGCGGCGCGGCGCGCGGUGGUGAGCCUGGUAGCAGCGAGCAUCGUGUUCGGGUGCAGAGAAGAGUUCAAGGUGUUCUGCUCUGCUCUGUUCCGUGCGCUGUUUGCGUGCCGGGCGUCACGCCGGGGCGGUCACGGCGGCUGCAUCACGCUGCACGUGCGCACUCGCCGUUUUAUCCCGCCCGUCAUCCCCACCAUGUCGUUCAUGCUCAGGCAGGCGCCCAAGGUCGCCCAAAAUGCGUCCCGCGCGUUCGCUACGUCUGCCGCCGCGCGCGCAGACAUCGUCCAGCAGCUCUACAUCAAGGAGUUGAAGUCGUACAAGCCCGCCCCUGCUGCCAAGGACGCGCACGUCGGUCAGGUCCGCUCGUGGUCUGCGCCCCAGAAGCCCGCUGCACCGGCUCUCCCGACUGACCUCGCCGCGGAGCUCUCUGCCUACGACGCUGCUGAGCCGACUCUCGCGUCUGCGCCGGCAGCUGGUGAGGCGCCUGCCGCUGCCAGCGCGGCGGAGGAGUUCCUGGAGAUGCUCGAGGCCGACCCGGUCGUCGAGGAGCACGAGCACCACUAGAGCGGUACGCCUGAUGUGCUGUGGGGUGGAAUCGAGUGUAUGGAAUGCAUGGUGUUUUCACUUUAUCCUGCGUGCGUUCGAGUCCUCAAAACUUUUACCACAUUCAAUGCCUUGCAAGAUCAGCCUUCCGCCGUCUGCGUCGCUUAUACUCACUCACACGAGUGUUCGUGACCCAUGCACCAUGACCGUGUACAGCUUCCGCAAACGGUCAAGAGCCAUGUCUGAAGACUCUACAAUCAACGCCACA